ACAACAUAUCUCCACAAGUUCCAAUCUUUACACAAGUCUCUCUCUCUACCCCUUCUUCCCUUUAGAUCUACGCUUUCUUUCUUUUUCUUCAAUCGUAUACAUAGAUAUACAUACAGGCUAAUUUCCCGAAUAUCGAGAUUGAAAGGGGGUGUCAAAGCAUUGCCGUUUCAAUCCAAAAAUGGUAUGGUCGAGCAUUCAUUCAUCGUGAUUCCCAUUUGGGUCUCCUUCUCUCCCCUUUCAUUGUGACUUUGAAUAAGGGAUCAAAGUUGCCUCUCAAAAGGUCAGAAUCCAAAGCGAUUGUAGCUGUUUACGGCGAUAGAGUAUUUGUGUAAAAAUUAAUUCAAAAGAGAGAGGGAACGAGUUUGGGGGUUCCUUUUUGGGAUGAUUUUUUUUGGUCUUAUAAAGGGGAGGAGGAGCGGCUAAGAAAGACAGUUAGAAAGCAAAUACAAAUGCAGGAAACAAAGAAUAAGAAGAAUAUUAGCAACGAUGAAUCAAACAAGAAGAAGGAGAGACACAUAGUCACAUGGACUCAGCAGGAGGAUGAUAUACUGCGUGAGCAAAUUAGCUUACAUGGGACUGAAAAUUGGACAAUCAUUGCCUCGAAAUUCAAGGAUAAGACAACAAGGCAGUGCAGGAGAAGAUGGUAUACAUACUUGAAUUCUGAUUUCAAGAAAGGGGGUUGGUCACCAGAGGAAGAUAUGCUCUUAUGCGAGGCUCAGAAGAUAUUUGGUAACAGAUGGACUGAAAUAGCGAAGGUGGUUUCAGGCAGAACUGAUAAUGCUGUGAAAAACCGGUUCUCCACCCUGUGCAAGAAGAGAGCAAAAUAUGAGGCCUUAGCAAAAGAGAACAAAACUUCCUUCAUCAACCAAAAUAACAAAAGAAUUAUCAUCCAUAAUGGUUUCAACGCAGAUGGAACACCGGAUACCUCAGAACCCUUUAAGAAGAUGAGGAGGUCCCAUAUCUCUGAUCACUCGGAAAACACCAACUUGACAGACAGAUUACACAAGCGUAGUGGAACAACUGUGAGUCACCAGCCGAGACCUCCAUUUGCAGUAUUGGUAGAAAAUUUCCACAAUGUCAAUGAUAUGGCAGCUCAGCAUCCUGUAACCAAUGUGAAGGAGGUCUCUCUUGAUGUGGGCCAAAAUAAUAAGAUCCACGGAACAUAUCUCAAAACGGAUGACCCUAAGAUAACUGCCUUGAUGCAACAAGCAGAACUGCUCAGCUCACUAGCACUCAAAGUCAAUGCAGAAAACACAGACCAGAGCUUGGAAAAUGCUUGGAAGGUUCUCCAGGAUUUUCUGAACCGAAGUAAAGAGAAUGAUAUCGUACCAUGUAGAGCCCUUGACUUUGAUUUUCAAGUUGAAGAAUUUAAAGAAUUGUUAGAGGACUUCAGAAGUAGUAACGAGGGAAGUCAACCGCCUUGGAGGCAACCUGAAUUAUACGAGGAAUCUCCAGCCAGCUCUGAAUACAGUACUGGGUCAACUUUAAUGCCCCAUUUAGACUGUGAUAAGCCAGAACACGUUCAAGCUGAAUUUCAUCAGGAUAGUGGAAUUCACGUACAAGCAUUUGCUACGGAAGAGCAAAAUGUUCUGAAUGAAUGUGGGAAACAAGUGCUUUCUAAAGGAAACGCAGAUCCAGUGGAGAUAUUUGCAGCUUGUGAAGAGCAAACAAUGAAUAACGAAGUUAUCUCAGCGUUAUCAUGUCCAGAGUUCAGCUCCCCCCUUCAAGUUAACCCACUGUUCAGAUCUUUAGCAGCAGGAAUUCCCAGCCCACAAUUUUCGGAAAGUGAGAGAAACUUCCUAUUGAAAACACUAGGAAUUGAAUCUCCAACUGCCAACACAAGCAUCAAUCCUUCUCAACCCCCACCCUGCAAAAGAGCCCUCCUGCAAAGUCUAUAACCAACCUCUCUAAUAUACCUUAAACACAGAACAUGAUCUACCCCAUUACAUCUUGUCUAUUAUAGCCUAUACUGAUUUGUUUAUUCUCUCUUUCUAAAUUUGUUUUCCAGAAUUGCUGUUCUUAUGGCCUGAAAUUUUUAAGGCAUGUCAAGACUGCAUUCGAGAACCCUUGUCUAGAAUGCUACGGCGCAUUCUAGCAUCUCAGUCAGAUCAAAACACCGUGAUCUGAGUUCUUCGUUUCUUCUUUUUCGCUAGUAAAUCGAUUCCCCGAUUCUAACAGUAUAGGCCCCCUUGCUUGUUAAAGUGUGUCAAUCUUUCUUUUUUUGGCGUGAUUCGGUUUCAGAAAUUCCUUCUCGGGAUCUAGUUUUUGGCCUUUGAUUUUGAUCAGUUGUACAGAACUUGCUACAUAAAUCCUAGUCAGAGUGUAACUAUACAUUGGCAGCUCGCCUAUUAUGUGAUAAAGGAAACAGAGAAGAAAAGUAAAGGAGGAUUAACCAGCUGAUUGGUUUCUCAGUUGUUGCUUUUGAGUGUGAAAUGGUAUAGAAUAAUUUUUUUGGUUCUUUUAUUUAUUUUUCCCCUCUUCUCAGGUUUCACUAUAUUGUAACAUUUUACGAUUGGAGUGGAAACUUAAUUAUGGUUUUGGUGUGCAUCUGUA